AGCAUCAUGUAGACUGAUUGUCAAACUAGUCCAGGAAGACUACAUCGGAAUCAUCUAUGAUAUAUACUACGUUCAAAAUAAUUACUCGGAUAUAUAACUAGAAAGAUUAAAAAAAGCCAAAAACUGCACAGAUAUUUACAAUAGAACCAAAAAUGAGGUGCUCUGAGCAUAGCACUGUCCCCACACACUGCUCCCCCCUGCUGCCCACUGUUCACUUUGGUGAUGGGUUAAAAACAGAGGCUCAGUUUCGUUGUAUCCUCGUGGUACCGACCAUUAAAAAAAAAGUCACUUUAGGCAGAUGAGUGUAAAAAGCGCCCUCUGCCGUUCAGAGGUCAGUCUGACACACAAUCAGCCGCCUGAUUUUGUCCACCUGCUGACAGUAGCUUAACUGCAGCUGCUUUACACACACGCACACAAGAGUUCAAGUAUCGAUAAUGAUGAUGAUGAUGAUGAUAACGACGAAGAGACUUAUACUAUUACUGCUGCUGUGUCCCACUCUAUCCAUGACACAGGUCGACACUGACCACACCGACCAGCCUCCAGAUGGACACCGUGGUUAUGAGGACGACGCCUUCUUUGCCCUGCGCAGCUGCCAUCAGCUGCUACGCGGUGACACGGGUGAGUUCUUUUCCCCAGAUUACUUGUGCUCCAACCCGGCGCUGUGGUGCAACUGGACUAUCCAGGUGGAUCCUGGGAAGAGGCUUCAUCUCCACCUGGAGGACUUCACUCCAGAGGAUGCCUGCCAGUUCAAACAGGACCAGGUCCAUGUGGACGAGCCAGGAACCAGUUCAGGAGUUCAUAAAAUUCUGCAGAAGUGCUGGAGGGAGGCUAAGUACACCACGUCCUCUAACACGGUGAACGUGGUGCUGCUGAUUGGCGGCUGGCCGAGCUCCCCUUACAGGGGCUUCUAUGGCUGGUACCAGGCCUUCGGACCACCCAUCAUAUACAACCCACAGGAAGUGAUCAAAGCUGAAGAUGAAAAAUCAGAACCCAAAACACUUGGACAUGUAGAUGACAACGAAAGGAUAAAUGAGCAGGAAGUGGUGGAACUUUACCAACCACCAUUAGACAUUGAUCCAGGGUAUGAUUAUCACCAGCAACAGUCAGCCAUCAUGGAGCGCCCUCUAGCACCUGAACCUGUUCCUACAGGUGAGGACAGUGAGCUGGUUGAAAACAUCCCACGGUCCUCCGGUUGGAACUUGAGUCACGACUACCCAAUCACAGCUGUUCCCACAGUUCCACCACUCAUACCCGGGACCUCCCGGUCACAGAGAAAUGUCCCUGCCAGUCCUCUCAACAGUAUUGCUUCUGAUCAGCAUCAGGGCCAGCCAAAUGAGCGACUCCUCGUUGAGGUCCAAAGUGAUAUGGAAGAGGACGCCUCCGUCCGUCCAAGGGAUGCUGCUGCUGUCCCAGAGGACGAACCCAGCGACCUGAACAGGACCGAGGAGAGCCUGCCCUCAGUAAAGCCCUCCACCUCUCAUGAACCAGAGGAGACUGAACCGAUCCAUCCUCACCCCAACAUGGUGGAGCCACUGUCGGACUACAGAGGGCGCUACCCUGUCAGGAAUCACUCGGACGUUCUGCAUCUACCUGGUGAUCACCUGUUUGAAGUGUCGAUGGAGGUCAAUUUCAGCCUAGAUGUGAGUGAGUCCUGGGACGAAAUGGCUAAGUUGCUGCUGCUGUGGGUGAAAAAUCUGGUUAGUGAACAGCUGGGGGCGCUGGAGACACCAUGGUCUUUGACUACAAAAAGAAUCAAGAGGUUGGAUGCAGGUGGGCUUUACAUCUUCUGGCUGCAGACACAGAACUCUGAGGGUCAGCAGUUGUACAGGGCCAUAUACACUGGCAUACAGGGCCUCGUCACUGCAGAGUUGAAUCUGAAAGGAAUCCACAAGAGGGCAGUAAUCAUCUCCGUGUCAACUGCAGAUGUGAACGAGUGUGGCACUCAGCUGGUGCGGUGUGACUUAAAUGCUGACUGUGUGAACCACUUUGGUUCAUACUCGUGCCUCUGUAGACCAGGUUUCCUGGACAAGUCUCGUCAUGGAUCUGGAGGGACCUUGUGUAUGGACGCCAAUGAUGCAGGAUGUAGCUCAGGCCUGUCGGCCGAGACCAAAGCCGUCUAUGUGCUGUUCUUUCUGCUCAGCUCCGUCGUGUUUGUGCUGCUGGCGGCCGGGGGCGUAUUUUACCAUCGCCACCGCAGGGGGACGUUCUUGGUCCAAUGCCACAGUGACAGAGGUUCAGCACCUGACUUCAACAACAAUAAGAACAGCAGCACUUACCGCGGUGAUGGCUGCUCUGAUUUGCCCGCACCUCCGCCCCCGCCUCGGGGUCCCGCCCUCAGGGAGACCUGGCCUCAGGUGAAGGAGCUGAGUCCGGUCCUGGACCUGCCACUACUGCGCUUCAACCCACUUUCUCUACGGGACGGCUACGUAGAACCACGGGAGGGCGGGAAGUUAUGAGGGGCGCUAUUUUCCCACUCAAUUAAAUUAAUAUAUAUAUUCACUUUGAGUUUGAAGAUUUUGUCAUCUUCUGUCACAAGUUAACAAUUAAAAUCACAGAACGCUGUUUCCUGCUUGUUUUGGCUUUUUAAAAAAUUGAUAUGA